UCCGUGAUCUUCUGGAAGAGCUGGUACACACGGAGGGGGCUCAUGUCCUCCUGGGCCUUGUCCAGGUGGUUCGCGAUCUCCCGGUUGUGGGCGAGGGCCGUCUUCAUGGCCCGAGCCAGCGCCUGGUGCUCCACCCCUCCGUUCCGCCCACUGUACCUCUCGUGCACGAGCUUGAGGGUGGCGGCGCCCGCGAUCUUCUUGAUCUUCCCGUUCACUGCCUUGCACUCGAAGCAGUACGAGGCCUUCUUGCACUUUUCUACCACCCUUUUAAAG